AUGGAUUUCUGCAAAUUUCCAAAGAAUUUGAAGGAAGUAGUACCGAGGAAUCUAAAGUUGAAGGGUGUGAGAAGAAGAUUAGGCAUGAUGAUGGGUAUGAUGAUUUUGGGUGGCAUGAUGAUGUUGUGGAAAUAUCACAAAAGUUGCUUAAGUUCAGAUAAAAUUAUUUAUUUUUAUGGAUUUACAAAAGAUCCUAAUACUUUGAAAUAUAUGGUAGUAAUGGAUUGUGCAAAUAAAGGUAAUUUAAGAGGAAACUUAAUGAGAGUAAUCAAAAAAAAAUGGAGUCAAAAAUUAUAUAUGUUAUAUGAAAUUAUUUCUGGACUUAAUAAUAUACAUGAACAAAAUCUUAUUCAUUGUGAUUUUCAUGAUGGCAAUAUUUUAGAUCAUAAUUAUGAAGAUAAUGAUAAAAUUUAUGUUAGUGAUUUAGGUUUAUGUCGACCUGUAAAAUCAUUUUUGAAAGAGCAUAGUAUUUAUGGUGUAUUACCAUUUAUGGCACCUGAAGUUUUAAGAGGCAAAUCUUAUACUCCAGCUAGUGAUAUUUAUAGUUUUUCUAUGAUUAUGUGGGAAUUUACAUCUGGUAUACCACCAUUUAACGAUAAAGCACAUGAUAUCCAACUUAGUUUAAGUAUUUGUAAAGGUGAACGUCCUGAAAUUAUUGAAGAUACUCCACAAUGUUAUGUAGAUUUAAUGAAAAGGUGUUGGGAUGAAGACUCAUUAAAUAGGCCAUCUUCUAAAGAAGUUUUAAGUAUUAUUGAAAAUUGGAUUUUUCGUUCUUCAGAUAAGAAAAUUAAAGAUAUUAAUGAAGAAUUAAAAUACAAUAUUAUGGAAUUUAUAAAUGCGCCAAUUGGGCAUAACAAUAAUCUUUCUAAUGAGUCUCAUCCACAGGCAUAUAAUACAAGUCGCUUACUUGGUUUUACUAGUAAAGAAUUGAAUGAAAUUCUUGAAAGUAAAGAUUCACCAGAUUUGGAUGAUUGUAUAGUUUUAUUAGGUGUGUAA